CCCAUCACCUCACACAGUGUGACACGUGUGUGAUGUGGUGUGUGACUGGAUGCAGUGUCGCUCGAUGACAGAACGCACUGCAUCUUGAUCCCACCAAGUCGAGAGAUGAUCAGGCAGUCACACACAUGCAGACACCGCAACGAGUACAUGUACAUGAAUACCUGACAGAAUGAACCAAUGCAGAGAGCUGAUUGAGUGGUAUAAUCGCAGAGACAGCAAGUCAGAGGCAGUAGCAGACACGUGAACGGAUGGACCGCAGCUAAGCAAAUCGUAUAAAUGGUCAGCGAGUCAGAGAGAGACGCGCGGCUGUAUGAGAAAAUUCGUGCCUUCGGGUCAGCACGCUCACCUCAGACACGUGAAUGGAUGGACCGCAGCUAAGCAAAUCGUAUAAAUGGUCAGCGAGUCAGAGAGACGCAGAGACGUGAGUGGAUGGACGGUCUGACAGCGCCCUCACACCACAGACACGUGCGCGACACAUAAUCCCUCUCCCUUGGACUUAUGUGCCCUGAAGAGCCUGAAGAGUCGUGCGCCGGCUCCUCAGUCGCUCGGCCAUAGCGGGUGUCUUCGUCGUGGAGACGACCAUGGACUCAAAUCCGGGCGGGAGCAGGGUCCAUCCCGUCGACUCGUAGAAGUCCCUACAAGUACAUGACUUCGUGUCACACCAGACAUGAAGCAUGGAGGGGUCACACUCACCAGACGACGAGGUCCUUGGAGGCCUUUAGGCACCUUCCUGAUCAGCGGUCCGCCUGUGGCCGGAGGGCUACGGCUAUGUCGCAGACGUUGAUGCCGACGAGCGCCACCUCAGUAUCACUGCCCCACUCGAUCACGACGGCGAAGAUAAGACUCACCACUGAUGCACACCAGCACGCCGACUGAGUGUGGAGACACAAUCACUCAGACGGCCGAAUGCUUUACCUGAGUCGCGACGUAUGGCAUCAAUGUCCGGCGCACACUUGAGGGUCAUAAAUGACCGCCACCAGAGUUUGUUGGUCACCAUACGACACCCCUCCAUGGGGUCCCAUCUGUCGCACACCUGACAACCGACGAACGGCGAGUGCAUCGUGGCCUAGACAGUGUGGUGUACCUCGAUUUCGUUGUAGUUGCUUCCGCGGAGAUACAAAAGAGGUAUGUCGAUGUCCGUAGAGACCAAGAUCAGGCGGUGAGUGGGGCUGGACCAUUGAGCAGUGCCCCCGUCGCUGUAUGACCCAGUGUCCUGCACACAUGAGCAAGGCAUCGAGUGGAUACGUCCAUAUGUACUUUGUGUGCGCACCUUCCAGACCCGUCCCGCGUCUGCCACGAGUUGGUCAGCCUCGGCCGGACAUAGAUGGAGAGUCAGCUUGCCCGCCAGCCUGCCCUGGCCCGAAUUGACAUCCCUCACGCGCUGUCGGAACCAGUCCAGCAAUGCAGACGGACACAGUCCAGCGAUGCCAGAUAGAAAGCUGGAAGGAAGUGAUUCUCCUACCUUCACCAUUUGCUUCAUAAACCCCCGCUUCCUCUCUGCGUAUUCUGCCGGGUCAACCGGCUUCCAGUACUUGAUGCCGAUGUCCCCGGCGUCGAUCAUCAGCAGCAUCGCCGACUCAGGAUGGUGCUCUACAAGUGGCUCCAGCGACUUGAGCAUCGUGUUGAAGCGUGGCAUGCCGUCAACGAGCAUGAGACCCCCUCUUUCCCCCGGCAUCACGGUGUAGGCCUGACGGUGCACACAGCUGCUGUGUGCAAAAUGCACACACGACGGAGACCCUUCCUUACGUCGACGACCACGAGGACCGGCAUGUUUGACGUCAAAUCCGCGAUAGAGCGCUGGACGGCUUGGACCUGCGGCCGAGUGUGACUCGUCAGACCCCUCCGGUCCGGUCGCCUCGUAUUUGAUUGUCGAUGUCGUCCUCUCAGCUUCAACUUGGCCAACAGGCCGCUCAUGUCUGUCAGUCACACAAAGCGUGCCGCGCGGUCCAUCUGCCCGUCACACGCAGCCCACCUGAAAGCGCCGUCUUGACCUUGGCCACGUCGGCAGGGGUGACCUCUCUCCCACCCUCGCCCCAACCGAGUGCUAUCGUCAGGGCGCCCUUGGCUCUGUCUUGGAUGUCAAAUUCCUCAGCGGCGGAGGUGCUCUGCUGGCCGUCGCCUUCGUCGUCGUCGCUCUCGUCCAUGGGGACCUUGUCACCACCGAAGGCCCCAGCCUGGGACUGUCGGAUCUGCUCGUACAGCUGGUUGAAGCCAUGCUUUGCGCUCAAGCUUGGGUGCUGGUGGGCGAGGACAAAGAGCUGGUUCUUGAUUUCUUGCAUAAUCAUCGC